CUUCUGGAUGUCGUACAGACGGAACCAAGCGAAUAUCAAACACUCGCACGUUUUAGAACGAAAUAUCUAUCUAAGAUAAUUCUGUAAGUUUUGAAGAAAGUAUGAACAGAAGGAAUCAACCGAAACUCACCAGUGGAGCAAUUCCAGCCAUAAUUGGAAAUGGACUGUACGGUGAAACUCCGGUUCUACAAGUUUUGGGUUAUAAAAAUCUUCAAGGAGAAAGUAAUGACCGUUACAGAAUUCUCAUCUCUGAUGGAAAAUAUUCCUAUGCAUAUGGAAUGUUGGCCACCCAACUAAAUCAUCUAAUUACAGAGGGCAAACUUGAAAUCUUUACAAUUAUUAAAGUAACAAAGUUUGUUGUGAAUAAAGUUGCUACAAAGGCAACUGCAGGCAAAGAUCAAAAAAAAAUUAUCAUCCUUCUUGAUGUUGAGCCAAUUGCGCCUGGGAGUGAAGUAGGAGAGAAAAUCGGGAAUCCCCAGACCUUGAAUGAUGUUGGAGAAGUGUCAGAAGAUGCAACUGUGAACUCUAAACCAGCAGGUAGCAUGAAUUAUUCAAAGCCUGCUCCAGCCAGCAAAACUGGUGGAUAUGGUCAGCAAGCUGCAAAGCCAGAUAUUAUAACCCAUCCAAUUGUGAGCCUAACACCAUACCAAAACAAAUGGACCAUUAAAGUAAGGGUAACAAACAAGUCGGAUAUCCGUACGUGGAGCAAUUCUAGAGGUGAAGGCAAACUUUUUUCAAUGGACAUGAUGGACGAGACUGGAGAAAUCCGUGCCACCGCAUUUAAUGCCGAAUGUGAUAAAUUCUAUCACAUUAUUGAGAUCGACAAAGUCUACUACAUUUCACAAGCACAAUUAAAGGCCGCGAACAAGCAGUACACAAGUAUCAAGAACGACUACGAAAUGACGUUUAGUCAAAAUACCACAGUGGUCCCUUGUCAUGACGAUACGUCAAACAUCCCAUCUAUCACGUUCAACUUCGUCCCUAUCAAUCAACUGAUUAAUUUGGAAAAGGAUAGUAUCAUUGAUAUAAUUGGAGUUGUAAAAUCGGCAAAUGAUGUGCGCGUUAUUGUUUCAAAGACGACAAGUAAAGAAUUGAGGAUGCGAGAAGUACAAUUGGUGGACAGCUCCAACACUGAGGUCAAUUUGACCUUGUGGGGUAAAACCGGAGAGGAAUUUGAUGCAAGUUCUCAACCCGUUGUUGCAUUGAAAGGCGUGAAGCUCUCUGAUUUUGGAGGUCGUUCAAUAGGAACAAUAUCGUCGACUGUCAUGCAGAUCAAUCCUGACAUGGCGGAAGCUCACAAACUACGUGGCUGGUACGACAAUGGUGGGUCAUCAUCGGUAAUUUCAAGCAUAUCGUCGGCUCGCGGCUCGGGCACUGGUGGUAGCGGGUCAUACAAAACUUUCGCUGAAGCCAAAUUCGAAAACCUUGGUGGAGGUGAAAAACCAGACUACUACAAUGUGAAAGCAAUGGUGGCUAUGAUUAACAAAGAGCGAGCGUUGUACAUGGCUUGCCCUUCAGAAGACUGCAACAAAAAGGUCAUCGAUCAGAACAAUGGUCUCUACCGAUGCGAAAAAUGUCAACGUGAAUUUCAGGACUUUAAGUGGCGUAUGAUGCUUUCGGUCAACAUUGCCGAUGCCACAGAACAACAAUGGGUAACUUGUUUUCAAGAAACUGCCGAAACUCUGCUUGGGAGAUCGGCAGAUGAAAUUGGCAGAUUGAAGGAUACAGAUAACGCCGAGUUCCAGAAGAUUUUCGAAGAAGCCACUUUCAAGUGGUAUAUUUUCCGGCUGAGAGUUAAGAUGGAGAUGUACAAUGACGAAAAUCGUCUAAAAACAAACGUCUACGAAGUCAAGGAGGUUAAUUACAAAGAGCACAAUGAGAGGUUGAUCCGAGAAAUGAAAGAAAUGGCAAUUGCUGAAUAAAAUAUUGCAACAUGUACCAUCCACUACAUCCCUAAACACUUACGAAAUAAUUUAAUUUUUGUAUGCAAAUAAUUUCUUGUAUCAUGUGCGAGCGAAAAAACAGUUAAAAAAAAAAAACGUUUGAAAAAGCAGAAUACAGAUACCGCUUAUCACAGUGAA